CUUUCUCGUUCCCGUUAUUGUGUAUUCAUGGUUAUCCCUAAAAGUUCUCUCUUUUGAUAUCCCCAAUCAUUUCCCACUAUCUUAUGCCAUGGAUCAUAGACCGCGUGAUCUUUCAUCGAUUCUAGCUCAGAAAACCUUGAAUUCCUACUACCUCAUAAACCAUUCCUCAGUAUGGCUCGAAAUCCGUCUUUUUUACGUUAGAAUCGGUCCGUGCCUUGUUGACAGUGUUCCCGACCAUCUCACCCUCUGCCAUCUCCGCCGCGAGAUCGGUGUCUCCCUCGAGAUCAAUGGUUCUCGUGUGCCGGCCUCCGAUUCCGCCGUCAUUACCCUUCGGCGCGAUCGUCUCAACCGGGAAGCGUCCGAAGUAACUUAUUUGAGCACCGAUAGCGUCCGCGUCAUGGGCGGGUUUGAAUUCGAGGCCUACGAGGAUGAAAAGAAGGUGUUGUUGUGUGGGUCGUUGGAAAGGAUGGAAGGAGAGUGGAGCAUGGACUGUUAUCUGGUGGCAGCGGCUACGGAGUUUGGGAAUUCGGCUUUUUUGCAGCCCAAGAUGGGUGUUUCGGCUCCUGGGACUGAAGUUUAUAUCGCGGGGAGUUGUGCUGGUACGCCGGUGAUAUUGACUAAGAAUCUACUUGUGAGCCCUCAGAAGAAUGGCGCAUCGAGGCUUAAAUGGAUGUUGGAUGCAAUUCCGGAGGACGAGGAGCUCGGGAAAGGGAACGAUAAGGGUGGCGAUGGGUUGAUUAGACACCGGAAAUUGCAGGUUACAGAUGCCGAUGGAGAAGAUUACGACUCUUAUGGGAAACUUGGACAUAGUCACUACGCCGAAGAAAUGUAUGCUGGUGAGGAUGGCCAACUUUCAUGGUUUAACGCCGGAGUUCGAGUUGGUGUCGGAAUUGGCCUCGGAGUGUGCCUUGGGGUUGGAGUCGGAGUUGGACUGCUUAUGCGAUCGUAUCAAGCAACUACCCGGAAUAUCAAGAGGAGGAUGAACAUCACCACCUCCACCGCUACGAUGUCGUCUAUGCUCAGAUCCUCUACCGGAAUGCGUCUCCGUGACAACACCACACCUCUCCCUUUGAUCGUCUCCCUCAACUGCAUCGAAGAUUGCGCCCUCGAACAAGAGUCCUUAGCCGGCCUCGCGCUCGUCCACCACGUCCCCCUCAGCUGCUUAGAUGAUGGCAAGAUUGAGGCGGCCUCCGUCGUCAUCCUCCACUCCCUCUCCUACCUACCUCGAGCAGCCCAGCGUCGCCUCCGUCCUUACCACCUCAUCCUCUGCCUCGGCUCCUCUGAUCGAGCAGUCGACUCCGCCUUAGCCGCUGACCUCGGGCUACGUCUCGUCCAUGUCGAUGCCACGCGAGCUGAGGAGAUCGCGGACACUGUCAUGGCGCUGUUUCUUGGCUUGCUCCGUCGGACGCACUUGCUCUCUCGCCACGCGCUAUCGGCUUCCGGUUGGCUUGGAUCAGUUCAGCCGCUUUGUCGGGGAAUGAGGCGGUGCCGAGGACUAGUGUUGGGAAUUGUUGGUAGAUCUGCUUCAGCCCGAUCUCUGGCCUCCAGAAGCUUAGCCUUCAAGAUGAGUGUGCUUUAUUAUGAUAUUGUGGAGGAAAAUGGAAAAGUAAGCAGCUCUUCUAUAACAUUCCCACCUUCUGCCCGCCAAAUGGAUACACUUAAUGAUUUACUGGCUGCAAGUGACCUUAUAUCGCUUCAUUGUGCUUUAACAAAUGAAACCAUUCAGAUUAUAAAUGCUGAAUGUUUGCAGCAUAUAAAACCUGGGGCUUUUCUUGUGAAUACGGGUAGCAGCCAGCUCUUGGACGAUUGCGCAGUGAAGCAGCUUCUGAUUGAUGGCACUUUAGCUGGUUGUGCUCUGGAUGGAGCUGAAGGGCCACAGUGGAUGGAAGCUUGGGUGAAGGAGAUGCCCAAUGUGUUGAUACUUCCUCGAAGUGCUGAUUAUAGUGAAGAAGUGUGGAUGGAGAUAAGGGAAAAGGCUAUCUCUAUGUUACAAACAUUCUUUUGCGAUGGGGUUGUUCCAAAGGAUGCUGUUUCUGAUGAGGAUAAGGAAGAAAGUGAAAUAGCUGAUGAGAAAGGACAGUUUAGCAUACAAGAGAAAGAAAGUGCUUUGCAAGGAUCUAGUGGUGAACAAUUGACUGAUGAUAUUCAACAAAGUUCUGAAAGUAACCUUAAAAAGGAUACCAACCGAUCUAAAGAUUAUCCUAAUCAAAAUCAGCAUUCUGUUACUGCAACUAAAUCAGAUUCGAAAUGUAGCAGGUCGGGUAAAAAAGCGAAAAAGAGGCAUGCCCGUCAAACUACCCUACAAAAAUCAGAUGAACGCUUAAUAUUAGAGACAGAAAGUACUUCACAAAGAGAAGAUGACACUGCUAUGAGUGGCACAGAUCAAGCAUUAAGUUCUGGUUCUCACUCCCCUGGGGACUUGAGAAGUAGGAAAACACCUAAAGAGUUACCACUAGGUUCAACUUCUGUCCAGCUUCUUAAAACUAGCAAGAACCUAAGUGGGCAGUCUGAUGAUAUGCUGAAGGAGGGAUAUGUUAUAGCUAUGUAUGCAGGAGAUCGUCCUGCACUUCACCUGUCCAGACAAAGAGUUAAAGGUGGUGGUUGGUUCCUAGAUACCAUGUCAAAUGUAACUAAAAGAGAUCCUGCGGCACAGUUCCUUGUUGUCUACAGAAACAAGGACACUAUUGGUCUGCGUUCUUUUGCUGCGGGAGGGAAGUUGCUGCAGAUUAAUAGAAGAAUGGAAUUCGUGUUUGCUAGUCACAGCUUUGAUGUUUGGGAGAGUUGGACAGUGCAAGGUCCUUUGGAGGAAUGUAGGUUGGUCAAUUGCAGAAAUCCUUCGGCAAUUUUGGAUGUACGCAUAGAGAUUCUGGCAGCGGUAGGGGAGGAGGAUGGGGUAACUCGGUGGCUCGAUUAGGUUGUCAACAGAUGUAGGGGGCUAACAUUUUUAUUGCCCGCUUUCUAUCUAUCUAUCUAUCUAUCUAUCUUGUUUU